AUGCGGACCAACUCGCUCACCGCACACGACGCCGAUCGCACGGCCCGCCUGGUGUAUUCUCUGGCAGCCAAUGAAGAGGUCUCAAGCCUCGGUGGUCUUCUUACCAGCGCAGAGACGGGCGUCUUCGAGGUGGACAAGGAGGGCCGAGUGACGCUC